AUGUUCGGGCAAAUUGCGAAAAUUUUUGGAUGUUGCAAAAACAAGAAGAAGGAAGUUGCAAAACCUCAACUGGCUGGCUUGAAAAUCAACAAGCAACCAUUGGUCAAACCAGCCAAACCAACGAUUCCGGAUCAAUCAUUCACCGGACAAACUACAGAGUCAAUUGGUUGUUGGCUUUAUGAGUCUGAGCGGGUGAGUUGAGAAUUUGUCUAGAGUUACUGUAGAUUUUAGCGCUAAAAAUUGCCCAAUUUUGAGAUUAAAAUGCCUAGAAUUACUGUAGAAAGCGAAAAACCAACAAUAUUUUUCCAGGCUGGCUCCCCUCAAGAAGUCACCCCUCUUGCUGUUGUAGCUAUUGAGGAUGAGGAACUUGCAGUCGAAGCAACUCAACGCGACUAG